UAAAAUGAGGGAGGGUUGGUAAAAAUUAGCCGCUCAGGUCAAAGUAGACUCGUUUCUUGACAAAAUCUCGUUUCUUGACAAAAUCCGCUAUCUUCCCCUUGUCUAAAAUUCUAGUUGAGCUGCUCUCUCUGACUCACUGCCCUUCCAAAACUGUCGCAAAAUAUCUCAAAUCCCUCACUCACCGAGACGGAUACAGUGAAGAGGAAGAAGACGAGGAGGAGGAGUUCAUGGCAGAGGCUAGGCGCUACCCUCUUGGUAACCAGCUAGAUAUUCAACAAAUUCUCGUAGAAGCAAAGCAUAGAUGGCUACGACCUGCGGAAAUUUGUGAAAUUCUUCGAAAUUAUAAGAAAUUCCGAAUUGCUCCGGAACCUCAACAUAUGCCAUCGAGUGGUUCACUUUUCCUUUUUGACCGCAAGGUGCUGAGAUACUUCAGAAAAGAUGGGCAUAACUGGAGGAAGAAAAAAGAUGGGAAGACAGUUAAAGAAGCUCAUGAGAGGCUCAAGUCUGGAAGUGUUGAUGUGCUACAUUGUUAUUAUGCCCAUGGAGAAGGAAAUGAAAAUUUUCAAAGACGGAGUUAUUGGAUGCUUGAAGAGGAACUUUCUCACAUAGUGCUUGUCCACUAUAGGGAUGUAAAGCAGGGCAACAAGGCAAAUUUUAACCACGUUAAAGAGCAUGAAGAAGCUAUUCCAUAUCCCCAUGAGAUUGAAGACACUAUACCCCAUUCUGAGAUGGAAACUUCUGUUUCUUCCAAUUUUCAUCAUGAUAAUUACCAGGUGCCUGCUCAAACUACAGAUACAAUGAGCAUGAAUAGUGCUCAGGCAUCAGAAUAUGAAGAUGCUGAAUCAGGAUAUAAUCACCAAGCAAGUUCUGGAUUACACUCUUUUAUUGAGGUACAGCAGCCUGCAAGAGAGAAGAUUGAUGCUGGCCUGCUUGGUCAUCAUGAUCCCGUUUCAUUUUCAAGUAGUUAUCAAGGGAAGCUGUCAGCUGUUCCUGGGAGGGACUUCUUCUCACUGCCCCAUGCUGAUAAAGCUGAAGACACUAAGGGUGCUGGGUUAACAUAUCAGCCACUGAAACAUUUCAACCUACCCUCUUGGGAGAAUGUCUUAGAAAAUUAUGCUCCUGGAAUUGAAGCUGCAUCUUUACAGCCCCCAUUUUCAUCACCAGUCGAUACUGCUGGAAUCCUUCCUAAACAAGAAGAUGAAAUACUGAAGCAGCUUCUUGUCAACAGCUUACCACUCCAGAAAGAAUGGCAGAAUUUUGAAGACGCUUCUUCGCAUCUUUCAAAGUGGGCCAUGGAUCAGAAGUUGCAUCCAAAUUCAACAGCUGAUCUCACUACUAGUUUUCACGAACAAGAACUUGUCAGUGGUGAUUUAACUAAUGCACUUGAGCUUUUUUGGACACAUGGAACUGGUCAUCCUGCACAAAAUGAUGUUCAGAUACAGUGGAAUACAGAGCAAAGUAUAACCCCGGAAGGAAAAUCCAUCUACUCUUCUUCUGUGAAGCAGCGCUUAUUAGAUCGUUCUUUAUCUGAAGAAGGUCUAAAGAAGCUUGAUAGUUUCAACCGAUGGAUGAGUAAGGAACUUGGAGAUGUAAAUGAGUCACAUAUGCAAACCAGUUCUGGGCCGUACUGGGAUACAGUUGAAAAUGAAAAUGGGAUUGAUGAUCCCAAAAUCCCUUCUCAAGCACACUUGGAUACAUAUGUGCUGGGUCCUUCCCUUUCACAGGACCAAUUCUUUAGCAUCAUUGAUUUUUCACCCAACUGGGCAUAUGUAGGCUCUGAGAUUAAGGUUCUUAUUACGGGUAGAUUCUUGAAGAGUCGAGAAGAAGCAGAAAAUUGUAAAUGGUCAUGUAUGUUUGGGGAAGUUGAAGUUCAAGCAGAGGUUAUAGCUGAUGGUGUUCUUCGUUGCCAGACUCCUUUAAACAAGGCUGGCAUGGUUCCUUUUUAUGUUACCUGUUCAGAUAGAGUAGCAUGUAGUGAAGUGCGUGAAUUUGAAUACCGAGUCAGCCACAUCCAAGAUGUGAAUAUUACUGAUUGUUUUAGCAGCAGAUCUUUCAUAAUGCGGUUUGGAAAAUUAUUGUCUCUUAACUCUUUCUCCCUUCCAAAAUGCAACACAAGCAAUAUAGUUGAAAAUACUCAAUUAAGCAAUAAAAUUAGUUCACUUCUGGAGGAAGAUAAUGAAGAAUGGGAUCAAAUGUUAAAGCGUAGUUCAGAAGCGGGAGUUUCCUUGGAGAAAGUGAAGGAGGAGCUUCUUCAAAAACUACUUAAAGACAGGUUACAUGCUUGGCUUUUGCAAAAGGCAGCUGAAGGUGGAAAAGGCCCUAGUGUGUUAGAUGAAGGUGGGCAGGGAGUGCUACAUUUUGCAGCUGCUUUGGGAUAUGAUUGGGCCCUUGAACCCACAAUAAUUGCCGGUGUAAGUGUUAAUUUCCGUGACAUGAAUGGAUGGACUGCACUUCAUUGGGCAGCAUCUUGUGGCAGCGAGCGCACAGUUGUGUCCCUUGUCAUUCUUGGUGCAGCUCCUGGAGCAUUAACUGAUCCAACUCCCAAAUAUCCUACAGGCAGAACACCUGCUGAUCUAGCUUCUGCUAAUGGACACAAAGGAAUUGCUGGUUAUCUAGCAGAAUCUGCUUUGAGCGCCCACCUUUCUUCUCUUAAUCUGGAUAAGCAGGAUGGUGAUGUUGCAGGAGUUUCUGGGGCAAAAACAGUGCAGAUAGUUCCAGAGCAUGGUACAUUUGUAACUAGUGAUGGGGACUUAUCAUAUGGACUUCCCCUAAAGGACUCGUUAGCUGCUGUCUGUAAUGCUACUCAAGCUGUUGCUCGUAUUCACGAAGUCUUCAGGGUACAGUCCUUUCAAAAGAAGCAGUUAAAAGAGUUGGGGGAUGAUAAAUAUGGAAUGUCAAAUGAGUGUGCUCUUUCAUUUAUUGCGGUUAAGGCACUCAAGCCAGGACAACAUGAUGAGCCAGUGCAUGCUGCUGCAAUAAGGAUUCAAAACAAGUUCCGUAGUUGGAAGGGUAGAAAGGAAUUUUUGAUAAUCCGGCAGCGAAUUGUUAAAAUUCAGGCCCAUGUAAGAGGCCACCAGGUUAGGAAAAACUAUAGAAAGAUAGUAUGGUCUGUGGGAAUUGUGGAGAAAGUUAUCUUGCGUUGGAGACGAAAACGAAGUGGUUUGCGUGGAUUCAAAUCAGAAGCACCUAUUGAGGGUCCCAGUAAACAGGAUACAUUAUCAAAGGAGGAUGACUAUGAUUUCUUUAAAGAAGGCAGAAAGCAAACAGAAGCAAGAUCACAGAUAGCCCUUGCAAGGGUGAAAUCCAUGCAUCAGUAUCCUGAGGCAAGAGAUCAAUACCGCCGGCUGCUAAAUGCGGUUACUGAGAUCCAGGAGAAUAAGACUCUGUAUGAUCGCAUUAAUAAUUCUGAAGCAACAGCAGAGUUUGAUGACUUGAUUGAUCUUGAAGCAUUAUUGGAUGAUGACGCUGUCAUGCCUACAGCUUCUUGAAGCCAAAUUCUCAUAAAUAUUACUGCCAAAGCAGUUUAGGACUUUUUCCCAAUCUGUUGUCAGCGUCAUGUGUUAUUAUUGUACCAUAGUUAACAUUGCACCUUCAGAACUUCAUACAAAUGUACAAAUUAAUAAUUAAUUUAGGCUUCAUUUUGUUAA